CAGGCCCUGCCUUGUACGCCCUCCACAAGCGCCCCCGGCACCCCGCAGGGAGCGGAAACUCCGCCCCGGCCGGCGUGGGCGGUGCAGGGCCGCCCUGGCAACGGCUGGCGGCGGCAAGAUGGCGGACGACCUGGACCGGUUACUGGAUGAAGUGGAGCGGCGGCUCUGCCGCCUGCCGGACCGGGGAGCGACGGGGAGCCGCCGGCUCGGCGACGGCGAGGCUGAAGGGGCGAAGGAGGGCAGAUCACCUAAACUGUUAAUGAGAGCUGGCAGCAGUGAAGAAGAUCUAGAUGACAUUAUUGCUGAAAUCUGUAAUGACAGCAGCCUUAUCAAAACACCUCUGAAGUUGAAGUCUAACUCCACAGGUCUCACAGCUGAGAGCUCUGGUGCUGUUCUACAGGCUCCCAAGAAAAGAUGCUGUCCAGUGUACCUGGGUGGAAGUGCUUCACCAUCUGGCAUAGGAACAAAUAUUUCAAAAAGAACUUGUGACCAGCUACGUUGUACUGCUUGUGACUUCCGUGUGUUGCUCUUCAAUGACUACGUCUGGGAUCAGUCCUGCGAUUAUCUUUUCUUCAGGAACAACAUGCCUGAGCUCGGGAAGCUAAGAGCCAAGAUGAUAAAGAAGAAAGGAGCACGAGCUUAUGCUUGUCAGUGCAGCUGGAGAUCCAUUGAUGAACUGACUGACCUCCAGGCACAGCAGCAGCUUCGGUGGGUUUGUGGCAAACAUGCAGAAUGAAGUCCUCUUGUCUGUGCUACCUGCUUGUGUGGAAAACAGGUCAUCAUCUCCAGCUGCUUCCCACAGAGUUUUCUGAGAAGAGAUGGAAACCUGCAUACUUAGAUCCAGAAAUGAAUUCUAACACCCAGACCUCAGCUCCAGCACCUUUUGUAAAUAGUUGAACUGCCUUGCAAGCUGUGUGGGGAGAUGCAUUCUUCAAAGAAAUGACAGAUGUGGAGGGUUUCUGGAAAAUAAAUGAAGCUAAAGCUUGUAGUCAGCAGUGUUAAAGAAAAGGAGGAAAUAAACAUAUUUAGACAUAGGCCAAAGCACCUUGAGGCUGUUCCUCAUAGCCAGUAGGGCCUCAUUUCCUGUGUCUGCAGAAUCUGGGACUCAGAAUGCUGGGUUUACACUCAGCCCUGGUUCACCAGCAUGGAACUUAACACUGCUGGUCUGCUUUGCUCAUAGCUAUUCUUGAGCUAGUGGCUGUAGAUCUCUUAACGUCUACUACAAGAUGAGUUCUCACCUCAAAGGCUUGAGCACACCCCAAAGCUUUACUUUCUUUUGCCUGCCAGCUACAAAACAAAAACUUCAGGUGCUGGAAAUGUCUUUCCAGUUCCUACUGCUUUCUUCAGAGCACUUUCUGCUGACUAAAGACUUUUAGCACCGCUAAUUUCUUGGACUUCCCUUCAUCCCUCACUGAAGAGGUGCACAAGUCAUGGUGCAGUGAUGAAAUAGUGCACGACUGUAAAGAGAUUCUGAAGGCUAUGUGCUGGCUAACAACUUUUUGAAGGGCAAAAAGGCUCAGGAUUUGAAGUGUGAGGAAAUAAAUAUCCCCACUGACA